AUGCCUCAAAACUGGAUAGAAAAUGGAAUGGCUGGGAAGGAAUGGUUGCGGAGCUAUAGGCGUAGACACAAAGAUGUCAGUCUUCGAAAACCAGAACCAUGUAGUCUUGCCCGAGCGACUGCUUUUAACAAAACUAACGUCGAAACAUUUUACAACAACCUGGAAAAACUGUACGAAAGAAACCCAACAUUUGCAGAUGGACCACGAAUUUAUAAUCUUGAUGAGACUUCUACCAUGACAGUCCAAAAACCUCAGCGUAUCAUUGCCCUCAAAGGCCGUCGAAAUGUAAGUAAAGUCACUAGUGGGGAACGAGGGACAUUAGUGACAACUUGCUGCAUAGUAAGUGCUAGUGGCACAGCAUUGCCUCCAGUAAUGGUGUUUCCUCGCAAAAAUUUUAAGAAUUACAUGAUCAAAAACACUCCUGCUGGUACUUUGGGUCUAGCAGCACCAAGCGGAUGGAUGAAUUCGGAAAUAUUCCCUGAAGUUAUCCAACACUUCAUCAAACACACAAAUUCUACACCGGAAAAUCCGAGCAUUUUGAUUAUGGAUAAUCAUGAAUCUCAUUUGUCCAUCAAAGCCUUAAAUUUAGCUAAAGCUGCAGGCGUCAAUAUAUUAACAUUGCCCCCGCACACUUCAGCGAAGUUGCAGCCUUUGGACGUGGGUAUAUUUAGUCCUUUUAAGACAUACUACAAUGCAGCCAUAGAUUCCUGGCUAUUACGAAACCCAGGCAGACCCGUUUCUAUUUAUGAAGUUGGGGAGCUUGUUGGAGUUGCGUUUUUAAAGGCAAUGACACCAACCAACAUAACAAAUGCAUUCAGAAAAUGCGGAAUUUUUCCAUUUCAUCGGAACGUAUUUGUUGAAGAAGAUUUUAUGCCUAGCCUUGUGACAGAUCGGCCAUGUCCAGCUCAAGAAGAGAGAUCAGUAUUGCUUGGUACUUCUCGACAAACAGACUUGGGCCGAACUCGUAUCCGAUCCAUUGAUUCUGAUAUUACUGUUUGUGAAGAUGAUGUUGUGCAAUCUUUAGAGCCUUUAAGAGAUAAUUCACCAUCAAUAUUUGAGGAUUCAGGCUUACAUAUUUAUAACUCACCAUCAAAACGAAUACCGAGCUCAACAGUCGUCUCUCCGACCCUAACACAGCAAGUUUCAUCAAAUCACAAAAACUGUGAAAACUCCUACAAAUCACAAGUAUUUACUGAAUCCACGACACAUAACAUUGGCAUUCCAUCUCAUCCGAUCUAA